AGAGAGGCAAUAGGAAAAAGUGCACCUUAUUCAAGUUCCUUUCAGGAUUUUGUUGUUUAGAAUUGUCAGAAGCAAGUCUUUGAAGCAUAAUGAUGCAGACUUUCCCCUCCAAACAGAUCCCUGUGGUAUACAGCAUACCAGCUCCCAAUGAUCCUGAAUAUGGAUCUGGACAGAGUCCUAAUCUUCACCAUCUCCAGUCUCCUCAAGAAGAAAUCUCAUAUGUGCAGCAUUCUUUCUUCAAACAGAUGAAUUUGCAUUUCUGGAGAAGAUGGCUUCUAGGAAUGUUACCUCUGAUUUCCUUAACAGUCACUGUACUCGUGUUGGUCCUGUACUAUUCAUUAUCUCCAGCGUUCUCCUUUAUCUAUAUUGGUGGAAGUGUAGAAAUACCUAACUUGACCUAUACCAGUGACCUCACUGAUCCAAAGUCACAGAAAUUUAUAAUGGAAGCAGAAGCAAUCCAGAGCUAUUUUGCAGAACUAUAUGAGUCUUCUACAUUAGGGAAAUAUUACUUGAAAUCUGUUGUUGCUGCAUUUAGCGAAGGAGAAGAUAGUCUCCGAGCUUACUACUGGAAUAAAUUCUGGGCACCGCAAGAGAUAGUGCACUCUUUCAAAAAACUAACCUCACUAAAACAUAAGAAAAUAAUCCGUAAACAUGCACUUCAGACUACUAAUUCUUCUGCUGAAUCCUUUCCCGUGGAAGAGGAUUUUGAUCUCUUAACAAUGGAGCUUUUUGUUUCAGAUUCUUCAGACUAUGAUGUGACACUGAAGUCAGCAGUAUCCUUCGACCUGUAUGCAAAGCCAGGUAACAACAGGACUUUAACUUUGAUGAAUCCCAAGAAAUCUUUUUAUCAGUGGAGGCUGCGUGUUCCUUCUAACUAUAUUGUGAAACUUGUAGUCCUUACUCUGCAUGGUGUCACUCCAGGGAGCUGUGCAUCACACAGAUUAUCUGCAUAUGAUUUUCUUCUUCCUCUUCAGAACAAGAUCAUUACAAGGUGGUGUGGAGUACCAGGGGCCUGGAGUCCUCCUAUCAUACGGUUAACUUCAUCAAGUAAUGUUAUGCUGGUCACCUUCUCGCUGGACAGAAGAAAUGAGAGUAACAUGCUAAAAGCAUACUUCCAAGCUGUUCCUAAAGUUGUCUGUGGUGGGCAUUACAUCUCUUGGAAUGGGACAGUGAGCUCCCCUUAUUAUCCAAGCUACUAUCCACCAAAUAUUGACUGCAGCUGGCUACUCAGAGCACCUCUACCUGGAUAUAAGUUGUCGCUAAAAAUCCUUGUCAUACAAAUUCAAGAGAAGUCUCCAGGGUCCAAUAAAUGUGAUAAGGACUGGUUAGAAAUUGAUGGAGUUAGAUAUUGUAAAACUAUUGCUGAAAGCAGCAGAAACAAGGAAUAUGGCUAUUCAGUUGCAAUUAAUUUCCAUUCAGAUGAACUGGUCACACACAGAGGGUUUUAUAUUGAAUAUAAAGCUUUCAGUCACAUGGACCCAUGUCCUAGACAAUUUAAAUGUACAGACAGAACAUGCAUUCCUUUAAACAACCAAUGUGAUGGAUGGAAAGACUGCUCAGAUGGCAGUGAUGAAUUAGACUGUGGCUGUAGUCCAGAGGAGUCUAACUGUGGCGAUGGGAAGUGUAAACACCAUUCAAAGACAUGCAAAGGGGACGACAGUUGCGGAGAGGAUAGUGAUGAAAAUGAUUGCCCCUAUAAAAGUUGUUCCUCAUAUGCAUAUAAAUGCCUGAAUGGAAAAUGCCCCACAAAACCAAACCCAGAAUGUGAUGGAAUAAGAGACUGUGGAGAUGGCUCUGAUGAAAUGAAUUGUGCUUGUGGAAGAAUCCAGUUAAAAAAAACUAGAAUUGUUGGAGGUGAAGAUGCAAGAUCUGGAAAGUGGCCUUGGCAAGCAAGCUUGCAGAUGGGAAUGCAUGGCCAUAUCUGUGGUGCAUCUGUUGUUUCAAAUAGGUGGCUGUUAUCUGCUGCCCAUUGUUUUCUGGACUCUGAUUCUAUAAGAUACUCUGUGCCUUCUGGCUGGAAAGCGUAUAUGGGCAUAAGGAUCAUUAGUAAAAACAGCAAUCAUGUAGCUAUGAGAUCAAUCAAAAGGAUUAUUGUCCAUCCACGGUUACCUUGCCAAAACACUGCAAGAAGCUAAAGUGAAAAUAAUUAAUCAAAGUAUUUGCAACAAGCUAUAUGAUGAUCUCAUUACAUCUCGAAUGCUGUGUGCUGGAAAUCUUAACGGUGGCAUUGAUGCAUGCCAGGUAAAAGUGAAAACUGUAGGAAAACUACCAUUAUUUAUUUCCUUUGUAUAUCAGGAAUGUUUGGUUUUAAUGCAGUGAUGGAGCACAGUGUUUUGGAAAUGUGGUUAAUUAGUAACAUGACAUCAGGGAGGUAAGUUGGACAGGCAAUACUUGCAUCCUUCGAAACAUGGGUGGCAGAUGAAUCACGGGCUCAGGAAGGCUAGCUCCUGGCCUGGCCUGCCCCUUCUGCCCAAGGCUCUGCCCCUCCUGCCGAAGCCCAGAGCCCUCCCCAGCUCCAGGCCACCCAAGCAUGUCCCCUUCCCCCAGUGUGCUGGGCAGGCAGUGCAGGCUGGCCCCCAUUAGCCCCAGUCCUACUCUUGGGAACUAGCCAUGAGGAGAAGAGCAUGGAGAAGCAGAAACGGGCCUGGGGUGGAGCAUGGAUGGGGCCAUGCAAGGCUGAGGAGGCUCAGCCUUCUCCUGCCUUUGAUACCUACUGCCCAUGCUGCCUUUCAAAACAAUAGGUAAGAUCCAGUGUGUUGAGAUUGUUCUGCCACUGGUUUUGGAUGAACAGGGAUAUAGGGAUGAAGGAGUUUGAGUUAGGGUUGUUUGUGGAAUCUCAGUGAUGAAUUUCUUAUUCUUGAACUCAUGGGCUAGUCAAGGUGGAAUUCCCUCUUUUCAUCUCUUUGUACUGCUCUAUAACCAGCUGCUUGUUCAAUGGGAUGAUUGGCAGAAGAGAGGUAAGUCACCAUUCAUCUUCUUCUCUUCUCCUUUGCAUCCCCUUGUUGUUGCCAUUGUGUUCUAUUUGGGUCUGGCAGAAUUAAAUUUUCAUUUUUUAAAAUAAUUUUGAUGGAUUAUAUUGAUGUUUGUUUUAAGCAUUUUUUAUUUUUUAUACACUUAGGGACAUUAUGGAGGGAGAGUGUCGGACAAUAAUUGUGCAAUAACAGUAGAUACUGAGAUUCAAAAAGUUAAAACUUUCUAAUAGUUAAACAAAUUGUCAGCAUCACACAUCAAAACACACAAAGUAAAGAUCCUUAAAUCAAACGCUAAUAAAUUCUUAAGCA